GUAGACGUCGAUUUGCCACCAUCAGGGUCCCAGGUUCAGGUGGGUAACGCCGUGGCAGGCCGUGAUUGCAGCGAGUAUCUAGGUACUCCGUCCUCUGGUAUCUAUGGGAUCUGGACCGAAGCGAAACUCUCCACUUGGCCCUUCCCGCCUUCGCUCGCUCUCUUCCCUUUCAACCCCCCCCAAACAUCCUCCACGCUCCUCUGUCAUUCCCCCUGAACGGACAAUCGCUGCUCGGACGUCGUCUAGCUACUUGCCUACGUCUCUCUAUAUCCAACCCUUUUAUUAAUUUGGAGCGACCGUCCCCUGCUCUGCGUUGCCAGCCAUGGCAAGCCCGACUGGCUUCUCGAUAAAUGUCAACGAUCCCAGCCUGAUCUCGCUGGUGAACAAGCUGCAGGAUGUCUUUUCGACUGUCGGGGUUCACAACCCCAUCGACCUGCCCCAGAUUGCCGUCGUCGGUUCGCAAUCUAGUGGAAAGAGUUCUGUCCUAGAGAAUAUUGUCGGCCGCGAUUUCCUGCCCCGUGGUUCCGGAAUUGUCACUCGGAGACCCCUCGUCCUGCAACUGAUCAACAAGCCCGCUGACUCGCAAAUAAAUGGCGUCAAGGAAGAGCCCCUGGAGACGACGGACAAGGAGGCCAACCUGGACGAGUACGGCGAGUUCCUCCACAUCCCCGGUCAGAAGUUCUACGAUUUCAACAAGAUCCGCGAGGAGAUUGUCCGCGAGACCGAAUCCAAGGUCGGUCGCAACGCCGGUAUUUCGCCUGCUCCAAUCAACCUGCGUAUCUACUCGCCCAAUGUCUUGACCCUCACACUGGUCGACUUGCCCGGUUUGACCAAGGUGCCUGUGGGUGACCAGCCCAAGGAUAUCGAGCGUCAGAUCCGGGACAUGGUUUUGAAAUACAUCAGCAAGCCCAACGCUAUCAUCCUGGCGGUCACUUCGGCCAAUCAAGAUCUGGCCAACUCGGACGGUCUGAAGCUGGCGCGGGAAGUAGACCCGGAGGGUCAACGUACGAUCGGUGUGUUGACCAAGGUGGAUCUGAUGGACGAGGGUACCGAUGUUGUGGAUAUUCUUGCGGGCAGGAUUAUCCCUCUGCGUCUGGGUUACGUGCCGGUCGUCAACCGUGGUCAGCGUGAUAUCGAGAACAAGCGGCCUAUUACAUAUGCCCUGGAGCACGAGAAGAACUUUUUCGAAAACCACAAGGCUUACCGGAACAAGGCCUCAUACUGCGGAACGCCUUACCUUGCCAGAAAGCUGAACCUGAUCCUUAUGAUGCACAUCAAGCAAACCCUCCCCGAUAUUAAGGCGCGCAUUUCUUCCUCUCUCCAGAAGUACACCUCGGAAUUGUCGCAACUUGGCGACUCGAUGCUCGGAAACAGUGCGAAUAUCAUCCUGAACAUCAUCACGGAAUUCAGCAAUGAGUACCGUACGGUGCUCGAGGGAAGCAACCAGGAGCUGUCCAGCAUCGAACUCUCGGGUGGUGCUCGUAUCAGCUUUGUGUUCCAUGAGCUCUACUCCAACGGUGUCAAAGCGGUCGACCCAUUCGACCAUGUGAAGGACAUUGACAUCCGAACCAUUCUCUACAACUCGUCUGGUCCCUCUCCCGCACUGUUCGUUGGCACGACUGCUUUUGAGUUGAUCGUGAAGCAGCAGAUCAAGCGCCUGGAGGACCCCAGCUUGAAGUGUAUCUCGCUGGUUUACGAUGAACUUGUCCGCAUCUUGGGUCAGCUCCUGAACAAGCAACUUUUCCGGAGGUAUCCUAUGCUGAAGGAGAAGUUCCAUGCGGUGGUUGUUGGCUUUUUCAAGAAGUGCAUGGAGCCGACCAACAAGCUGGUUCACGACUUGAUCUCCAUGGAGGCGUGCUAUAUCAACACGGGACACCCGGAUUUCCUCAACGGACACCGCGCUAUGACUAUUGUCAACGAGCGCCAAUCUGGUGGAAAGCCUACUCAGGUCGACCCAAAGACGGGUAAGCCUCUGCCUCCGCGGGCCAACAGCCCGUCGGUUGAGCUUCCCGUGGACAAUGGCAACUCUGGUGGAUUCUUCGGCAGUUUCUGGGCUUCGAAGAACAAGAAGAAGAUGGCCGCCAUGGAGCCGCCGCCGCCGACCCUGAAGGCGUCCGCGUCUUUGUCAGAGCGUGAGAGUGUGGAAGUUGAGGUCGUUAAGCUCCUGAUUACGUCGUACUUCAACAUCGUGAAGCGGACCAUGAUCGAUAUGGUCCCGAAAGCCAUCAUGUACACCCUUGUCCAAUUCACCAAGGAUGAGAUGCAGCGCGAACUCCUCGAGAAUAUGUACCGCAACAGCGAGCUGGACGACCUGCUGAAGGAGAGCGACUACACGGUGCGGCGGAGGAAGGAGUGCCAGCAGAUGGUGGAGAGUUUGUCCCGGGCCAGCGAGAUCGUCAGUCAGGUGCAGUAAGGGGCGGGUUGGAUGGUUAGUUUUGAUCUAUACACCGGUUGCUUUCUGACCUGCAGGAGCCAGUCUUUUGGGGUCUGUGUCGGAGGAGUUAUUCCUGAUUAUAUUUCUUCUACCAGGGUCCUGGGCGGCAUGGAUGUCAGGUUGUCGAGAUUUCACGAAUUUGUAUCGCCUAAUGAUUGUGGAUGAUUGCGGU